AGGGAGGGACGGGGCUCCGCUCUGUGCCUCUGCGGGAGGAGGAGACGCGUGUGUCGGCCGCACUCUGCCACCGGACCCGCGGAGGGAACAGCGGCUGUCUGGUCCUCCUGCAGCCGGAGCGGAGAGCAGCUCGGCGGGGUCGGGGCUCAGUGGGACCCGGGGUGGAGGAGGGUCCGCUCCGGUUCUGGUUCCGGUUCUGGAGUUAAAAAAAACAAAAACAAAAAAAAAAACAAAAACAGCGGAUUUAGGACGUUAACCUGAGAGUUAUGAUGGUUUUUCAUCAGAUUUAGAACCGAAGAGACGCUGGAUUAAAGGUGUCAACAGCGGGAUGAAAACUCUGCGCUGAACGCGACCUCACUAUGAUGUCAUCAGUCGCCGCCCGCCCCUUCAUCCCCCUCCACCUUCAUCAUCAACCCGACACGCCUGCCAUUGGACUACAGCCCCGCCCCUCUGGCAUCUGGCCCCGCCUCUUCAUCCUCCUGUGCAUCCUUGUUGGUCACCAGGUGAGUGCGUCCCAUCAGCACUUCCACCCCCACUCCAUCAAGAUUCCUGGGGACAUCACGCUGGGGGGCCUGUUCCCCAUCCACGCCCGCGGACCCCACGGCAUCAACUGUGGCGAGUUGAAGAAGGAGAAGGGCAUCCACCGUAUGGAGGCCAUGCUGUACGCUCUGGACCAGAUCAACGCGGACCCCUACGUCCUGCCCAACAUCACCCUGGGGGCCCGGAUCCUGGACACCUGCUCCAGAGACACCUACGCCCUGGAGCAGUCUCUCACCUUCGUCCAGGCCCUGAUCCAGAAGGACACGUCCGACAUCCGCUGCUCCAACGGCGAGCCGCCCCUCAUCAGGAAACCGGAGCGCGUGGUGGCUGUGAUCGGAGCUUCGGCCAGUUCCGUGUCCAUCAUGGUGGCCAACAUCCUGAGGCUGUUUGAGAUUCCUCAGGUCAGUUAUGCGUCCACGGCUCCGGAGCUCAGCGAUAACAACCGCUACGACUUCUUCUCGCGGGUGGUUCCUCCGGACUCGUACCAGGCUCAGGCCAUGUUGGACAUCGUCAAAGCUCUGGGCUGGAACUACGUGUCCACGCUGGCGUCCGAGGGGAACUACGGCGAGAGCGGCGUGGAAGCCUUCAUGCAGAUCUCCAGAGAGGCUGGUGGCGUUUGCAUCGCACAGUCGGUGAAGAUUCCUCGCGAGCCGACAGACGGGGAGUUCGAUAAAAUCAUCAAACGACUGAUGGAGACGAGCAACGCCAGAGGAGUCAUCAUCUUCGCUAACGAGGACGACAUCAGGCAGGUCCUUGAGGCGGCGAAGCGGGCUAAUUUAACGGGUCACUUCCUGUUCGUGGGGUCGGACAGCUGGGGGGCCAAAAGCUCCCCGGUCACAGAGCUGGAGGACGUGGCCGAAGGGGCGGUGACCAUCCUGCCAAAGCGAGCGUCCAUAGACGGAUUCGAUCAGUACUUUGUGACUCGUUCUCUGGAGAACAACCGCAGGAACAUCUGGUUCGCUGAGUUCUGGGAGGACGACUUCAGGUGUAAACUGACCCGACCUGGAAUCAAACUGGACCCAGAAAAGAAGAAAUGCACAGGCGAGGAGCGAAUCGGCCGGGACUCUCUGUACGAGCAGGAGGGGAAGGUUCAGUUUGUGAUCGACGCCGUGUACGCCGUGGCUCACGCUCUGCACAACAUGCAUCAGGAACUGUGUCCCGGCAGCUCAGGGGUCUGCGGGAACAUGGACCCUGUGGAGGGACGGUCGCUGCUCGACUACAUCAGAGCCGUCCACUUCAACGGAAGUGCUGGUACCAGCGUUUUGUUCAAUGAAAAUGGAGAUGCUCCCGGUCGCUAUGACAUCUUCCAGUUCCAGAUGACCAAUCACAGUCACCCUGGUUACCACGUCAUCGGCCAAUGGACCAAUAACCUGCGACUAAACCUGGAGGAGAUGCAGUGGUCUGGGGGGGAUCAGUCUGUCCCAGAAUCCAUCUGUAGCUUUCCCUGUAAACCUGGAGAGAGGAAGAAGAUGGUGAAGGGCGUUCCCUGCUGCUGGCACUGUGAGCUGUGUGACGGUUACCAGUACCAGCUGGACGAGUUCAACUGUGAGACCUGUCCAUCAGACAUGCGUCCCACCAUAAACAGAACCGGCUGUCGUCCAACCCCGAUCAUAAAACUGGAGUGGAACUCGCCCUUCGCCCUGGUGCCCGCCUCUUUGGCCAUGCUGGGUAUCAUAGCAACCAGCGUCGUGGUGAUCACCUUCAUCCGCUUUAACGACACGCCUAUCGUCAGGGCUUCAGGGCGGGAGCUCAGCUACGUCCUGCUGACAGGGAUCUUUCUGAUCUACCUGAUCACCUUCCUGAUGAUCGCAGAACCAGGUGUGGUGGCGUGUGCGUUCCGCCGCCUCCUGCUGGGCCUGGGCAUGGCCAUCAGCUACUCCGCCAUGCUCACCAAAACCAACCGCAUCUACCGCAUCUUCGAGCAGGGCAAGAGGUCGGUGACUCCGCCCAAGUUCAUCAGCCCCACCUCCCAGCUGGUCAUCACCUUCAUCCUGAUCUCGGUCCAGGUCCUCGGGGUCUUCGUGUGGUUUGCCGUCGUCCCGCCUCAUACUAUCAUCGACUACGAGGAGCUCCGCCCCCCAAACCCUGACCUGGCCCGAGGAAUCCUGAAGUGUGACAUGUCGGACCUGUCCAUCAUCUGCUGCCUGAGCUACAGUAUCGUACUCAUGGUAACGUGUACAGUUUACGCAGUGAAGAGUCGCGGCGUCCCGGAGACGUUUAACGAGGCCAAACCGAUCGGAUUCACCAUGUACACAACCUGCAUCGUCUGGCUCGCCUUCGUACCCAUCUUCUUUGGUACCGCUCAGUCCACCGAGAAGAUGUUCAUCCAGACGGCCACCCUCACCGUCUCCAUGUCCCUCAGUGCGUCCGUCUCUUUGGGGAUGCUCUACAUGCCCAAAGUCUACGUCAUCAUCUUCCAUCCGGAGCAGAACGUCCAGAAGAGGAAGAGGAGUUUCAAGGCUGUUGCCCAGGCUGCCCGACUUUCCCAGAAAUCGUCCAAUGAGAAACAGAACGGAGAAACAAAGAUUGAACCUGACAGAUCGCAGUAACGCUGCAGCAGUAAUACCACAGUACUACUGCAGUAUUACUGUAGUAUUACUGCAGUAGUAAUGUGGUAUUACUGCAGUACUACUGUGGUAUUACUACAGUGUUCCUCUGCAGACCCACAGGUCUUUUCCCGACCAAUCCUUGUCCAGAGCUUGAUGACAUCACCAUGCCCCGCCCCCUAAAGCACAUAAACACACACACAGAUACAACCGACCAACAGCGACACAGCCCGUGUUUGUAUUUAAUGAACUGAACUUUUAUUGUGAAAAUCAGGACUUUUGAUGAUCACAUGACAGAAGAAGGCGGAGCUUGUUUGUUUGUUUUUUUUUUACUCCAACCUAUCAGCAGUGACUGAAACCAAACUCCAUCAGCUGAUCACGAGGAGCAGAACCAGGUCCAGUCUGAGGACAAAGGCCGGAGGGGGCGGAGACUCACCUGUCGGACUCACCUGUCCACCUGAGGACAGGAAGUGGGACUCUGAGGACAGAGACGCGACAGGUGACCCCCAUUCUUUCAUCACAGCAGAAACAGAACAUUUCAUAGAACAGGUAACAUGGUCCUUUUAUGUCAGUUCAAUCAUGUGACUCGACGUACGGACUCAUACAGGUGACGCUGGAACGUGAUUGGUCGGAGCGCCUGCAUUUCCUCGUUAGCUCCUCCUACUUCUGGGUGACACCUUUUUCCGUUUAAGCUAACCCGUCGUUAGCGUUGAAAUGUCAGUGUUUGGUGUUUGACGAACUGCUCCUCUGGUGUUUCAGGUGUUUCCAUCACCUGUCCUUCAGGUAGAGCCGGGCGAUUUCAAAGAUCCUCUAGAGCAGGGGUAGUUAACGAUGACGCUUCACCUGUGACAGGAACUGAUUCACUUCCUGUCUUCUGAGUGGGCGUGGCCAAAAGGGUUGAGAAUACUGAGUGGAUGAAUGAAAGCAGAUUAAUGAGUUCCAAAUGCAAUAAUAAUACAGUAAUAUUACAUGUUUUAGCAGUAAAUCACUUUAUUUUAUCAUAAUUAUCAUUCAUUUUAUUUUCUCACUUAUUUUUUACCUAUUUUCAAAUCAGAUUCUUUUUCUAUAAUCUCAAACAAAGUCAGUUUUCUUUUCAGUUUUGUUCAGACGUUGUGUAUCUUAUGGAAAAUGAGUCCAGAAUUUACUUUGGCGACUCUAAGUUUAAGGAAUUGGUUGAAAAUCACUUCUCAUAUUGGAACUAAUGGGAUCUGCUGCCAGCCUCCUAAAGGGGCGGGGCCUAGGAGGGACCAUGUGACCCUGAAACAGGAAGUUAAUUGAUAUAUAGGCUUUAUAUCGUUUCUCAAUUUCAAGGAUUUAUUUACUUAAAGCUCCAUCAUCAGAUUUCAUUGGAGGAUGAUUAAUACCCAGGAUGCAUCUGUGGUUCCUUGAUGCUCAUUAACUACCCACAAUGCCCUGCAUGAGUCUUUUAAAAUGGCCACUAAAUUAAAAAAAAAAAAAAAA